AUGAGCUCCUUUAAAUUCGGCGAAGUCGGCAGCUUUAGCUCAACAGACAGUUCAUGCUCAAAAAGCACGGCGGCAACAAAUCACAGCGACCGGAUCGCUCCCAAAUCACACAAAAGAAACUGGUCCACGAAUUUAGCCAACCAAAAACACACCGAAGCCGAAGCCGAAGUCAAGUACCAAUACCGCGAGCCACCUCCCUGCUCCUCAACUUCAACCUACGCUUCAACAACAAUUUCCACCGCCGAGAUUGACCCAGAGUCCGACCUAAUUGAGCCCCCAAGUUCCCAUGAAGGUCGCUACUGUGUAAAUGAGCGGCAAGAAUUUUACCCACUAGACGCAAUUCCCUCAACGCCUUCAUCCUUUGCACCGCUCUUCCCCUCCUCGCGGCGACUGCUUAUCCGUCAUGACGACGCAACUGUCGACGGUAACAUGAACCUGCGCGUCGACACACCAGUCCACCUCCGCGAUGGCUCUCAGCGCGAUGUCAUUCUCUUCCACCUGCGUAUGCACGACCUCUUCUUGCGGAAAUUCUCGUUGCGGCGGUACUGCCGAGACUCGGGGCGCGAGGUGUGCCAAUCGGCAAGGCGGGAGGUCGUACCUGCUCAUGAGCGAAGGCCGGCGCUGCGCACCUCGUGGAGCAACAUUUUUGCGGGGUUUAGGCCUGGUCCAGUCGGUGGUCAUUGUGCCCCGAAUGGGGAGCUAAAGAGGCAGGUUUCGAGGGUCGGUGAUGGCUAUGCACCUGAAAAUGGUCAUGGUCAUGCUGUGGUAGAAAAGAUGGACAAGGGAACAGCUGAAGCGGAUGAGUAUGAGAAAGAGAAAGAAGAACAGGGCGCUUUGCCGAUCCUGGGUGAGACGAUCUUGCUUGAAUUCUCCAAUUAUGCGCAUGUCGCGCUGCGUCGCAAAGGGCCUGGCUCGACUAAGAAAUACGACUUUGAGUACUGGUCCACGAAGUACCAGUGGCGGAGGGAGGUCCGCAAAGAGGGUGACCUACAUGAAGUGUCUUUUUUCUUGGUGGACACGCGCACCUCCAAGACUAUUGCUCAUUUGGUGCCGGACACGCUAGCGCCACUGGAGGUUGUUGAAGAAGAGAGCAAAGGGGGUUGGGUGCCGCCUUCUUCAUUGUGGAUCAGUGAUCCCGAAGUUUAUAAGACAAUGUCUGAUGUUGCCGAGUAA